AUGGACCCUCUCAUGAGCGCAUUCAAAGCAAGAGAAAGCAAGACAUUCUGCAGUCCGAUUCCACACAGAUACGAGCAGAUGUUCAAGACAAGGAAAUACGAUCUGGAGCACUUUGGGCUGACCUUCUUCCAGCGUGCAGUGUGCUUUUCUGCGUGCUUGGGGGCGGGGGUUCUUUCAUUUCUCUACAGCAUGAUCAAGAUAGUCAGACUCUCGCCAUCGGGAUUCAUACUCCCAUAUACCAUCUCCAACUUCCUGUUCUUCAUCAUGUUCGGGUUUCUGCUUGGAUUCAGAUCGUAUCUUGAGGGGCUGUUUUCAAAGAAGAAGCGCGUGCACAGCUCCUGGUUCAUCGGAUGCACCCUACUAACACUCUAUGUUGUCCUGAAGUACGACAGAUACCUGCUCAACUUGGCAUUCUGCUUCAUCCAGGUAGUUUCGUUCAUCAUGUUCUCGCUGACCUUUAUUCCUGGCGGAACCUCCGGUGUAUCCAGCAUAAUAAGUAUGUUCUUCAAGAAAUAA